GGUUUCUGGCCUCUAAGAUUUGCACAAGCUUCUAAAGAUGAAACUGAAAUCAUUCCCUUAAUGGAUCACUUCCUGACUUUGUUGAUGCUAAACUUUCCCACAAACACAACUCAGGAGAUUUUGUUCCGAAUUAAUGUUUCACUUCUCUUUCCUGAAUGUGGUGUCAGGUGACCAUCUCCGUGCGAAGGUAAGUAAAGUCAGUCUGUAAUAUUUUCCUGGCAAACAUCAGCUGUGUGCAGCUUAGUUCCAGCACAAACAGCACAAAUCUGCCGCUCCAUAGUUCACGGUAACGGACUUACAGCUGGACCAACGAGGCCAACCUCUUCUGUCUUUUAGUUUGUACUGUUACACUGGGUUGUACUAGAAAAGGGCUGUACUUCUCUGGCCUCAGCUCUGAGCUCUGACCCCCACCAUUUGAGAAAGCUGACCUGAGCUACAAUCAUCAAGGACACCCAAGAAUGACUCUUCUAUUGGUUGGACGGAUGGAUCCACACUGGAGACUGGACACUCCCAGGGUGGAGCCUGCUGGAUGGUUAAGACCAGGUCUGAGGAACUAUUCCCGUCAACUCACAAUCGACAUAAAAACUGUAAACAAACACCUCCAACUGUCUAACAACAACAGGAAGGUGACACGUGUGAGGGAGGUUCAAUCAUAUCUUGAUCAUCCAGACAGAUUUGACGAGGAACCUCAGCUGCUGUGUAGAAAUGGUCUGACUGGUCGCUGUUACUGGGAGGUCGAGUGGAGAGGAGUUGUUUAUGUAUCAGUGAGUUACAGAAGCAUCAGAAGGAAUGGAGGCGGUGAUGAAUGUGGGUUUGGAUACAAUGAUCAGUCCUGGAGUCUGUACUGCUCUGAAGAUGGUCCUCGUCAUGUCAGGCACAAUUCCACAUACACUCCUGUCUCCUCCUCCUCCUCCUCUUCCUCCUCCUCCUCUGUCCCUAACAGAGUAGCAGUGUAUGUGGACUGUCCUGCUGGCACUCUGUCCUUCUACAGAGUCUCCUCUGACACUCUGAUCCACCUCCACACCUUCAAAACCACAUUCACUCAAACUCUUUAUCCUGGGUUUAGAGUCUGUUCUGGUUCCUCAGUGUCGCUGUGCUGAAUGGAGUGUAAAGAGUGUCUCCUGUUAGAGAAACACUCUGACUGUUGAACAGAUAGUUCAGUCUGUACAUGUCUGUCUCUUUCACUCACAAACACGUUUUCAGAUUCA